GUGGGCCAGCUGGGGCUCGAGGGUGAUGGUGUGGAGGGAUCUUCUGGGUCUGAGUAUGAGGAUGUGGUUGUUGUUGAUGAUGAUGUGGAGGAGGAGGAGGGGGCCGGAUAUACCUCCUUUUCUUUGCCGCUGACUAGCAUUUCCCAAGAUCAUCGAUCCGAGACGCACGGUAGCGGCGGGGGCGGUAGCGUCGGAACCACACGACAAUCCAAAGCCUCGUAUUCUCCCCCUCGUGGCGGCGGCAGCAGCAGCAUGGGCGGGAUCCGGUCGCCGCGCCGUGGGACACUGCUAAGUGUACCGAGUGUGGGAGCGAGCGCGGGAUACCUCGGCGACGGCGACGAGUCGUAUCACGGCGAGGUGGCCGAGGCCGAGGAGGUGGAUGUCCAGCGGCUGUAUAGGCUGGAGGCGGCGAGGAGGGGUUAUUGUCUUGUAUGCAAAGCUCACACCGUCGGAAGGGGCGAGAUGAGCUGCACGAAAUGCGGAACCAACUUUGACUACACAUCAGGGGAGGAGGGUCUUAACUCAUAUGGUGCGAGGGACCGACCUCUCCUGCACGCCGAGCUGCCUGAGUCGUCCCCCCCGAGCCGCCGGUCUCACCACCGCCGGAGUCCAAGACUCGCUCCCCCGCCACUCCCAAGCCCAAGUGACGCGGCAUACCCGGAGACGAGACUUGCGACUCCGAAGCCGCAGACUCAGCCCCGUAGGUCGGCGCCGGCGGAUCAGAAUAAUGCCGUCUCCGAAGAAGGAGCCCCUCCUAUCAAAGCGCAUCCGUCGCAGGACACGCUCCACUUCGCGAUGAUGCAAAUCUCCCCCACGCCGCGGUCGAGAGACAGGCUCGUCAAAAGCGGCCUAGUCACAAAGAGCAGAGAGAUACCCCAGACCGACGAUAUGGGGUCCUCUCCGCCGAGCAUCGUCAUCGCCGGCUCCCCGGAGCAAGACCCGCCGGUGCCGGCGCUUGGAACCGUGAAACCUUCGUCGAGGUUCUACCAGCGGAUGCCGUCCCGAAAGCCGGGGGAUUCCGGGGAAGGGCCGCGGGGCAGCGGGGAGUGGGAACUCGACAUUGUGUCGCUGUAUGAGGCGGAUUCUCCUUCGCAACCCUAUGAGAGGUGGAUUUAGAGCCCGGGCUGUGGCUCUUAUUCUGGGGGGUCACGGUAUCGGGGUGGGGGUCUUAGUUAGACCCGCAUGAAUGAUGUGAUGGUGUAGAUAUAUAGGCCCAUGAUGAAUCAACAGGCUGGUUAUAAACAAAAUGCGUUUCUGCAUCAAACA